AUGCCUCUACUGGAGGAGUGUGAAGCGACAGAAGAUCUGGUGACUUAUUUGGAGGAGGUGCUGACCAGUACUGGCAAGAACGUAAAGGACUGGCGAUGCAUCAUGAAGAAACGCAUUGGCAUCUCCUACAAGACGCAGAGGUCUGGCUUGGUGUGGCUUGAUGACAAGGUGAAGCAGGUAGAGGUGGUGCAAACUCAACUGGGCAGCUUGCGACACUUACCUCUGCUGGCCACAGAUGGAUCUAUGGCCCUGGUCGCGAAGCAGCAGAUGGCCCACAACCAGUCGUUCGUGGUGAAGCCGCGGCAUGGAUCCAACUCGAAGCAUGUGACCCUUUGGCGCCCAGGGGAGGCCACUGAGGAAGCAGUGCUACAGAGCAUUGAGGAGGCUAUGUGCGCGGAAGACAAGUCGUGGCAGAAGGAGUCCUGGAACCAAAACGCAGUGCCCAAGGGUGCGGUUUUACAGCCCCUCUAUGCCUUGAUGAGCGAUUUCCUGCAAAUGGACCCUGAGAUGCCCAAACUAAAAAAGCCUUUGGAGCUUAAAGUGCAGGUCUUGUUUGGAGAGGUGGUAGGUGCUUGCCUCAACACACAUCCCAUGUUUUUGUGGGUCACUCGAGAUGGUGCCGUGAUCCAGUGGGAUCCAGCUACACCUGGCCUCUUAAAGAAAGGCCAUGGUUUCUGGGAAGAUCUUCCAGGGGCAAUUCUCCAACUGCUGCUGCGCUGCUUGGCAGAGCACUGGCAUUCCUUGCGCCGGGAUUCAGAACAGCUGGCAGUUGGGCUGGACGAGCUGCGCGUGGAUUGGCUUCUGGGGGAUGACUUUUGGGGCCCGCGGAUAGGGGAGUUGACCUACAUGGGCACCAUGGCUGUGGAUGUGGCCCCCAUCUCCUGGCGCCUGGCGCGGGCCUUUGCGGCCGGGCAUUUGGGACGCUGCAAAAAGCAGGACACUGACCGACGGUUACUGAUUGGAGAAUUGGUGGAAGUCAAGUCUCCCAUGCAGGUCGGGCAUGAAGCGAUUCCGUUGCACGGCCCUGAAGGACGGUGCUUCCGGGUGGGCCACGGCCGGGGCACUCGGAAGCAGAAGUGGACAGCGCCACCAGAGGGACCACCAGGGGCGGGGGAUUCAGGUCGAGUAUGUCAUUUGCUGCAGAGGUCGUGUGCUGUCUCACUGGUUCCUUUACAAAUCUCGUUGCCACAGGUUGUGAACAGCCAGGGCACCGUCUAUCUUGAGGUGCGCCAGGAGGCAGCCAUUGCAGCCGCAAAGAUCGCAGGCAGAUAUCCGGGCAAAGCGAACGCUGAAGCAACUGCGAGGCUGUUGGGCCAGCUAUUGGACGAUACGGAUGCGCUGGUGCGAUGUGAGGCCGCACGUGGUGCGGGCCUCAAGUUGCAGGUGUGGGGUACCUUGGGAGGAAUCCUGGAAUAUCUGCCAGGGGUGCAGAAAGAUCAGCAGACCACAGCAGGCUUGCCCGCGUUUGAGGCUUCUGUGAAUCUGGACGCCACUGAUCCACAGCGCUUGUUCUUCUUGGCCACUCUGCUCUACCAUGCCGGACGUCACCCGCAGGCGGAGGCUUACUACUAUCAGGUGAUCGACAUGGUGCCGGAAAGUGGCCAUGGAUAUUUGGAGCUGGUCCUUUUCCUGGAAUCUGCCAACAGGCGUGCGGAGGCUCGUGAGGUGGCGCGCCGUGCCAUUGACAGCGGAGCGCUGUGGGCUGACGAGUGGCAACGCUGCCCGAUCUUCGUGAAAGGUCUCACGUCCAGAGCCUGGUGGUCGCGGGAGGAUUUCCCCUGGGUGGAUCAGUUGGAGGGAGCUUUCCCGGAGAUCAAGGCGGAAGUGGAAGGCUUGCUGAAUGAGCAGGGCAUGCCUCGGAGCUGGUUGAGAGUUGGGCAGGAACGGGCCUCGCAGGAUGGUGACAUCAUAGCCCCUGGUGGCGAGUGGCGUGAGUUCUUGCUCUACUCAGCGCAAGACACAAGUCCUUCCACCGCCAACCCUGAGGUGCUUCAAGCCUUUCCCAAGACCUGUCAGCUGCUGGAGAGCCUUCUCCCCACAGCUGUGGCCAUGGCCAAGAUCGGGGUAGGGGAGAUCAUUCUGUCGGCCAUCGCGCCAGGGACGAAGCUCACCCCACACUGUGCUUCGAGCAACGUGAGACUCACCUGUCACAUGGGCUUGGUCUGUCCUGAGGGUGCCAAAGUACGAGUGGGCGAAAGCUGGGGGACAUGGCAGGAAGGAAGAUGCAUUUUCUUUGAUGAUAGCUACGAGCACGAGGUCGUGAACGACAGCGACCAAGUACGGAUUGUGCUCCUGAUCCGCUUUUGGCAUCCUGAGCUCCCAGCCGAGCGAUGGAGAGAUACACUGGAUGCUGGGAUGACAGACUUUGCAGCCAUGUUGCGGCGGCGUGUGUCGCCGCCCGCCAAUGCGGCGGUGGCCGAGAUUCUGGCAGCCGCCCAGCGAGGAGAAGUGAAACGAGGUGACAUGAGCAAGUUGGAGGCAACUAACUUGUUGAAGGCUGACGCGCCUGACUUGGCAGUUGGUGCUCAGAAAGAUUUCGGGGAUUUGGGCCUGUUGGACGUGCGCGAGGCCCCGCGGCUCACGCUGCUGUGCCCCUUGCUCCGGGCUUUGUCAGAUCAGGACGUGGCAACGCGCCGCACGGCUGCGGAGGGGGUGCUGAGCAAAGCGGAGCAGUUGCUUCAUCUGCCGCAGAUGGUUUGGCAUGGGCAUGGACAGCAAGCUGGAGUAGGGCUUGCUGCAAUCCGCACGGCUUCUGGUGACGAGGUGGAAGCCUUGUUGCUGAAUAUCUUUCAAGAAAGCUUUGGACUCAGAGUCCAGGAUGGCUAA